UCUCUUCACAUGUCAGAUGUAUGACUAUUACUUUGUUAAUAUGAACCUGAGUUGGACUGAAGCUCAGCAGCACUGCAAGACACAUUACACUGAUCUGGCUACAGUGACCAACAGGAAAGACUUGGACAAACUCAGAAACAUGCAGAGAAGCUCCAUGGCAGCUUGGAUCGGUCUGUACUAUGAAGCAGGAACCAAUGAGACCUUCCACUGGUCUCUGCCUGGAGUGGAGUUCAACAAAACAAAUGUAAACUGGAAUACUAAUGAACCAAAUGGUGGUAAAAAAGAGACCUGUGUGGCUCUCUGUGAACACUUUAAGUGGGUUGAUAUCGAUUGUACCACAAACCAUUAUUUCCUCUGCUUUAACAUUACAGGGGAAAACUCUCCAAACAAAAUGUUUUUCUUAAGAAAAGAGACAAACUGGUUUGAGGCUCAGGAAUACUGCAGAACUACAUACACAGAUUUAGUAGGAGAAGCACAGCUACAGGAGAUAAAGGAGAAUUCUCAUGGAAACAGUCCCUGUCAACAAGUAUUGGUAGAUUCUGUUGAUGGACAAAACAAUUGCUUGCCUUCAAUUCUGAAUGAUUGCAAUGAUGGCCACAUAUUUAUCGGGCUGUACAGAGCCACCUGGAUCUGGUCGGAUGGCAGCAGCUUUUUUUUCAGACUGUGGGAUAAGGAAUUUUACCGUGGCAGUAAAAAAGACUACAGCUGUUCUAUUCUGACUGAGAAUGGCAGUUGGAGCAUUGAUGACUGUGGGAAAAAACAGCCCUUUAUCUGUUACCAAGAUCAUGUGAUCCUGAUCAAAGAGAACAGAACCUGGGAGGAGGCCUUAUACUACUGCAGACAUCACCACCAUGACCUGGUCACCAUCACUAACAUGGAUGAACAGAGAUGGGUCCAGGAGAAAACCAAGAAUGCCUCCUCUCCCUUUGUGUGGACUGGACUGCGCUACACCUGCACUCUGGGGUUCUGGUUCUGGGUCAGUGAUGAGGUGGUCCACUACAAGAACUGGGCCUCACCUGAACAGAUGAAUGAGUGUGACAUGUCAGGAGCCAUGCAAACGGUAGGAGAACACAAGUGGUUCAAGAAACAUGAUGAGGAGAAGUUCAACUUUUUCUGUUCAAAGUGAAAAUUUGUUCAAUGAUCACAUAAUUCCUAUAUUAUCUGGUUUUAUUUUUCAUAAAAGAAGACAAUGUUUAUAUUAUGUUUAUGACCUUAGUCUUUUAUCUGCUGGUGUUAUUUUCAUAAGAAGUUAUCUGUUCAAAGUGAAAAUCAACUCAAUGAUUAUAGGCUUUUUCUUUAAUUGUUUUUACUGAGUUUUUUUUUUUUUGGUUUAAUGAGAUGCUCUGAAAUGUUUAAAAUAAAGGCUUAAAGAUCCACAAACAUCUUUGCAGUUUUUCACUUUUUCAUUUUUAAAAUGUGUGCUAGGGUGAAUCAGACUGUGACUGUAAAGCGCUUUGGGCCUCAACCCACCAGACAC